AUGGUCAAAGCGUCCACUCUCGCUCUCUCUGCUUGUGCUCUACUCGGAUCUGUGGCUCCCUAUGUCGUACAAGCAGCCCCCAUCCAUGCUGAUGAUUCCGUCUUUGAACGGGACUUCACUCACGACAUUGCCGAGGUCUUCGAGCGGCAAUAUUACCCGAUGUACGCGGUCCCACCCCCUCGACCUGUGUACUACCGACCACCCGCCUACGGAGGCUAUCAUCCCGGCCCGAGUCGACUUGGGGGAUGGGCAAGACCUCCGAUCAGUACCGUCAACAACUUGAAGCCCACCACCAAGCCUUCGACCACGAAGCCUGCUGCCCAACCCACCACUCCCGCCAAGAAACCAGAUAACAAGCCAAAGACGAGGAAGGAUUCGAAGAAGAACAAGAAGAAAGCCAAGCGUGAUUUUAUCCACGCUGAUUUCGACAUCUUCGAGCGGGAUUUUGACAUCGAGGGACGUGAUUUUGAAUUUGAACUCGAACAGCGCGAACCGAUCCUCGGAGGGCUGUUCUCAGGUGUCGCCGACAUCAUCAGCGCCGCUAAGGGUAAGAAACGACAGCCUGCCACCGAGUAA